UCCGCGAGGCGGCAGGGUGGAUGGGCCGGGUGGCCGGCUCCUUCGGGACCAGCGCCCUCCGCCGGCCCGGCCGAGACCCCCAACCCCCCCCCCGUGCCCAAAGACCCCACCCUGGGGCUGUGCGACCCCGUCGCGCUCUCACCGCCUGUCCCGUGCAUUUCGCUUCCUCUAAGGCCCCCCGCUCCUACCGUCGGCUUGGGUGUCAGGGACGCGGACUCCCAGCCUGAGGGCCCUGAUCUGCCCCCGCCCCAGUUUCGCUUGGUUAGGGCCGCUCCCGUCCUGCAUCUUUUCAUCAGCUUCCCCGGCCUGCCCCGGGGACACUUGCGAAGGGAAGUCAGGGGUCGGGCUGCAGUCUCUGUUUUCCGGAGCCUCUUGGAAAGCCCAGGAGACCCCUCCCAAGGGCCCAGGCCGACCUGAGCGGAAGAGCCCCGAGUUCACCCCCAAUAUCUGUGCCUGGAGGUAACAGGUUCCUCCUUAUUGUACAGUUCACAGCCCUGGGAACUACACCCCUUGGGAAAAAAGAGAACUAAAGUCAUGUGUAAGGACUGUACUUGGAGAAUGGCCUCUGGAGAGGGGAAGUGCCCGAGACACCUGAGGAUCCAACAAUGUUUCCAAACAAAGAGCCCCAGGGCACUUCCUCCAGGGAAUUCUGAAAACUUCUGCUCCACUAGGGGGAGGAAGAAGCUGCACAGACUCACCUCUUGGCCCCAGAGACUUGCCUGAUCCCAGCUGAUCUUUUAAUUCUCCUGUGCAGCUGCGGAGCUGUCUCUGGGACCCCUCAGUGAUGGGUUAGACUAGAUGUUAGUCAUGAUUGACGGCCUACAGCUUUUAAAGAGAAGCCUGGGACAACUUGGGUCUUACCAGACAGCUCUAAAUGGGCUGUACCAAAGUCGUCUUCCAAGCCCUAGUUAGGACAGUUCAGAUCUCUAGGGUCCGCUUUAUUACCCAUCUUACUCGGAGUCAUUGGCUCCCAGACCUUGGGCUCUUGGUCUGGCUGCCUGGCGCCAGGCUGCCUGAUUGCCUAGAGAUGUAUUAUUAGUACCUGCUACUCAUCUUUUUAGUUUCUGUUGAAGGAGAGUCUGGCUUUUUCCCUGGGGUUGGUCUCCAUGGCUCUAGUGCUAGGAAUUGGACCUCUGAGUGGACUGUCUGGGAACUCUGAAAGCAGAACUUCUGGUGGGCAGGGAGGUCCACCCCUGGGCACCUGAACAGCAGCAGCUGUAGGAACAGAGAUCGUCAUGGACUUUGGAUGUGCCAAGCGCUGGUUUGCGGAUACCCAGGCAGAUCUGCAGUGCCUAAUGCCAUGAGCGUGGUGGCGCAGCAUGUGGAGGAGAAAGCUGUGCACUCCUGGUCGCGGAUCUCCACGGCAGGGAAGAAGGCCCUGGAGGAAGCGCUGCUUGUCUUUAACCCCAUGAGCCAGGAUCUCAGUGCCACUGAGGCCCAGCUUGUGGCCUUCCUGCAGGGCCUGCGGGAUGAUGGCUUCCAACCUACCAUCCUGCGCAGCGGUGAUGUCUAUGGCUAUAGUUCGUGCACAGCCAACCCCCCAAGCCAGACAAAGCUUCAAGCUCGUGCCCCCACCCCAGCUGCCACAUCACCUCCAGCCAGUGCUCCCCGAACUGCCAUGCGGCUGCCUGCAGGCCGGGCCACGCUGCUCCCCAUGCCACUGUCUGGCAGGCUGGCCAAAGCAUCCACACCAGCCCUCGCCAAGCAUGCCACCACCAACCUGCUACUGAGCUCCCUGAAGCAGUCAAGUGCCAGCCGUGCCCGGGGUGCAGCAGUGGGCUUUCCCACCCACCUCUAUCCAGGUGUCUACCCUGCCAUGCGGCUCUCCGUUGUCCUUGAGGCCCUGGUUCCACUCAAGACUCCCAUGCCCUGCUUGGGUGCCAAGCACAAGGCACAGUCACUGCAGCUCUCACUUGCAGACUCUCCCCUGAAGCUGCGGAAAGGUCCAGGGAAGAGGCUGGGGAAUUCCCAGCCCAAAGCUCCCAGAAAAGCCACAAGCAAGGGCUCCAAGUGUCUGACUCGAAGAGGCCCCAGGGCUGGACCCCGACAAGGCACUGGGCCCCAGAGCAAGACCUACAAAGCCUCUGGUUCCCUCAGUGGCCCACGAAUGAAAGGUGGCUGUGCUCUGGGCACCAAAACAGCCCAGGCCAAAGCUUCCCGUGCCCAGGCCAAGGUGGCUCAAACACAAGCCAAAGCUGCCAAGGCCCGGGCAGAAGCCAAGGCAGCACGGAUCAAGGCCAAGGCCAAAGCCAAGGCAGUGCGGGCCAAGGCUAAGGCCAAGGCAGUGCAGGCCAGGGCCAAGGCCAGGGCAGUGCGGGCCAGGGCCAAGGCCAAGGCAGUGCGGGCCAGGGCCAAGGCCAAGGCAGUGCGGGCCAGGGCCAAGGCCAAGGCAGUGCGGGCCAGGGCCAAGGCCAAGGCAGUGCGGGCCAGGGCCAAGGCCAAGGCAGUGCGGGCCAGGGCCAAGGUGGCUCGGACCCAUCCCAGGGGCAGGGGCAGGCCAAAAAGGUCUGUUCAGGCCAGGACUGCAAGGAGGGGCCGGAAAAGCUGCCCUGAGCCUGUGGGACAGAAGAGGAAAAGGACUGAGGAGGCAAAGGAUCUUCCUCCCCAGAAGAGAACACGGCUUGGGCCCCAAUCCCCUAAGUCGAGGCUCCCAGAGCAACUGCCCGGGACGUGCCAGACAAACUUCCUCCACCCGGCUGCUCAGGCGGCAGCUGCUACCCACCUACCAGCAACCUGAUUAUUGACUGUGGCCAGAACCUUCGAACCUCAUCCACCUGUGGCCUCCAUGGCCCUGAACUCUACUGCAUUGUCAGUAACCUACAGGUAGGGAGGAGGGUACGGGCUCUGGAGAUGGCAUCUUGGAUUUUCUUGGGCAGGUUCAGCACCUGUGGGAGUUCAGGUCAUUGACAAGACCCAGAGGGAGAGGCCUGUGCUGUGAAAUUUUGGAGGGGGUUGUGGCCAACCAGGCACCUCCUGCCUAGUCAGUCUCAUUGGGCAUCCCUCCAGGAUGCUGAGAAUUGCUUCUUUUGUGACUCUUGGGACUGGAAAAGCCAUGGCAUUGAGAACGUGAUCUCCCAGAGUAGUCCUGGCGGCAAAAGGACCUGGUGGCGAGCAGAGCGUGGUGAGGGUCCUUGUGUGCCCAUGUGUGCAGGGCUGGGAUCAGGGUCAAGGCCUGGCCACUGACCAGCCCUUGUGGUUACAGGUGUUGAGAAUGUCACCAGCUGGACCUAGAAGAUGCCUUUUACUUUACCCACCUCAUCAGGACUUUCAAGGUGACCCACUGCCAGAGACUGAAAGCUUAUUCUCUGCCUCCUGACCUGAUGGCCACCGGUGAUGUUUGCCACUGGUGACCCAAGGACCCCCUCCUAUCCCCAGACAUUCUGGCUCUGCUCCUUGAGCUCUCAGUGGACCAUGGCCACUUCUGGCACAUGUACCGCUACUUUGCCCACAACUGCUUAGGCCUCUUUCCUGGGAUUCCUCUUGCCCCUGGCCACAGAGUCAGUGACCUCAUCUGUGAGCAGCAUUACUUAAGACAUCGAGACUUCCACUGAGGGAGAGGUCAGGCCCAGAGGAAGGGGGGUUAGGCCCUGGGAUGAAGCCAGAAGCUCAGGCUUGCUUCUUAGGUAAUUUCAAAGUUCUGGAUCCAGCCAUUCUCGUGGAGAACCCAAAUAAUACCAAGGUUCAGGGUAA